AUGCCCCACACGAAUCGACCACUCAGUAUCAUUAACAAGUCACUCUGUAGCGGCGUGUCACUCGCCGCGUCCCUGGUUAUUUGGAUUCAUUUAGCGCAUGCCUCCAAUCGCCAGCGGGCUCCACGUGGCGCCUGGAGUCCAGUCAGCCGCCUCAUCGUCGCCGCUCUUCGCCUCCUGGUGGUAACCGCGCACUUCAACCCAUUCGUCACCGUCGCCAACGCCGCCGUGCCGACAUGCGCCAGCCUCGCGGCGCAAGCUCCCUCGUUGAACCUCCUGCGCAAUGCGGGCUUCGAGGAAACGUCCGAUGCAGCAGACUGGCCCUCGCCCCUGUCGUCCUGGGUGCCUCUCUUCCCCAGCGGCGCAGCAGCGCAGCAAGGGGGGGACGCGGGGGGAGGGGGAGGGGACGUUCCCCCCGGGGACCCGUCCGUUGCUGCUAAGGGCGGUCGGUUCGUGCGCCUGCAGCCCAGCGACGGCAGUGGCAACAGUGGCGGGGGGCUUUGGGGGAGCGGGCCGAGCGAGAUUGGGGGAACAGUGUGGCCGGUGCAGGGGGUGGGGCAGCUGCUGUGUGUUGCAAAAGGUGGGGAGCAGCAGCAGCCGCAGCAGCAGCAGGGGGAGUUUUCGCUGUAUUUCUAUGCAAGGGCACGGGAAUGCGGUUUUGAUAUGUAUAUGACCUCUGGACACGGGCCCUUCUCCUUCCGCCUGCCUCCCUCCUCCGCCUCCGCCGCUGCUCUCUCCUUCCCGCCGCAAGGCGUGGCUCUGCACCUCGUGCUGCUCGAGGGCACUGCGGCGGACAGCGGCGGCAUGUCGUCCGGUUUUGUUUCCGAUCCCGGAGCUGCCUCCAUGCCUGGAGCUGCGUCCGUGACUGGGGGUACAUCUGCGUCGGGAGUUUUUUCAUUUUCUUCAGCGGCAGCAGCGGUGGAAGGCGGGGCGCUCACGUCAGCUGCAACGGCAGCGGGGAGCAUCGAUGUGGAUCUGGUCACGGUGGCUCCCAGAGGCACAGGUGCGCUCAGAGGCACAGGUGCGCUCAGAGGCACAGGUGCGCUAAGAGGCACAUGUGCGCUCAGAGGCACAGAUGAAUUCUGUGUGGAAGAGAACGGGAUCAUCACAUGCACUUCAAUGGACAGCGGUAGUGGCAUCACCCUCAACAGCAGUUUGCCACAUCAGCAUAGCCUGGCAGUGGAGUUUGACACGUCAUCGACACGUCUGUUUCUGGAUCCAACAGUACACCACGUGGGGGUGAACUUGGAUUACAGCAUGGCGUCAGCAGGCCAUGCGUCCGUGCACCCCGCGGGCAUGGCCUCGCUGGGCGGCAACGAGACGCUGCAUGCGUGGGUGGCCUACAACGCCACCGCCUCGCUGCUCUCCGUGCGCCUCUCCUCCUCGCCCGCCAUGCCCCCCUCCGCCCUCCUCUCCCUCCCCUUCAACGCCUGCGAUUUUUUUCUCAAUGCUUCGGCCGACAGCGGGGAAGGGGAGGCCGUGUUGGUGCAUGCGGGGUUUGCAGCCGGCACGGGGCUGCUGCCGCUGCACACUCAGACGCACGACAUCCUCUCCUGGGCCUUUCAGGUCGACACUAAAGCGUCGGCACCUCUCCCCGUGUGGCAGCCGCCGUCGCUCUCCUUGCCCUUCCUCACGCCAGCGGCCCCCUUCACUGCCUCGGGUGCAGCUCGCCUCGGCUUCUCCUCGCUGCAACUCACCCCGGGCAACCAGGACCAGGAGUCAGGCGCCGCAUUCUUCCCCCUCCCCCUGCCCCUGCUCUCGCUCCUCCCCGCUCCUCCGCCUCGCAAUGGGAGGCAGCGCGCAAGGGGAGUGGGGCUCUCUAAGCCCUCUAAUGACCCUGUGGUGUGCAGUGCUCGCUCCUUCACCUCCUGGUUUGCCUUUGAGCUCAAGACGAGUGGCGGUAAUGGCUUUGGGGUCGUUUUUGUGCUCAGUACUCGGCCAGGGGUGGGGCAAGGAGGGGCGGGUAUGGGGUAUGGGAGGGAUGCACAAGGUAGAAACGCGAAUGGGACGUGGGCGGAUGGAGGGAGGAGUGUGGCGGUGAUGUUUGAUGCCUUUAGCGGCCUUGACCCUAACCAUGACGUUAACAAGGAUGUGGCGAUUCUCUCCGUUCACACUGACUUUAACGUGACUCGGCGGCUUGCGUUCUCUACUCAGGGAAAAUACGUGUCACCUUCACUGUACAGCAUGAAGGUGGACUAUACAGCUGCCACUAAAACGCUAGAGGUAGUGACUUAUAACGGAGCACAGAGGAUGGGUAACGUGACUUUGACUCUUGACCUGUGCUCUGUCGUCUAUGACGGGACGAGUGGCAGCACCAACACCAGCGGCGGCGGCAGCAGUGGCAGCGGCAGCAGUAGUGGUGGCGGUGGUGCUGCCAAUGGAGUGAUUCCGGUGUUUGCUGGGUUCAGCAGUGCCAGCACGCGUGCAUCUAUUCAGUCCAUCAAAACGUGGACGUUUCGAUUCACAGAGUUCCCCACAUGUCGUCUUAACAGCACUGACACCUGUGCGCCCGGCGUGUGUCUCGAGAGCUAUGAUGCCUCCUCCUUCUGCCUCUGCCCGCCCUCCUUCUUCCCCCUCGACUACUCUAACCUUCUGAGGCGUCCCUGUAACCCAGGCUUGCGAGCCCAGCUGUCCGUGAAGGCACCUCAUCACCACCCUUUCCCCUCCUUCCCCUCCUCCCCGUCCUCCCUGCAGCGCGUGUGUGUGGAGAACAACGCCAGGUACCCCUCCUCCCCAGUGGCGGCCUGCAACCUAUACAAGACGCUCGACCCCACCGCGCACACGUGCCAGGCGCUCGCCACGCUGCGCCCUGGAUGGCACGUCAUGAGCAUCGCAAAGCUCUUCCGAGUCAACCCCGCCCUCCUGCUGCCCAAUGCUGCUGGCUGGACCGACUCUGUUGUUGAUAAGGUGUGCUUGCUCGCGGAUGAGCUGUCAGGCUAUGGAGGAUGCAGUGUGUGA